AGGAUUAGGAAAAUAACAUUUCCCUAGAAUGUUUCAGUCGUAUCAUGAUUCUAACAAUGAGCUCGUUUCGUUGCGGUUUUAUGUUCGAAAUAUCGAAAUGAGCAACGUCGUGGCUCGCUUACAUCUAUCGCGGUUUCAGGGCAUUAACGUGAACGGUUCGGAAACGGGUAUUCGAGGUGCGUGUACAAAAAAUGUGAAGCAAUAGCGUAAGAAACGUUGCGUUACAUAUGUAUGUAAACAUUACGCAAUACUAGCGGUUUCCAGGGGAAACGUAUCCGACGAGGCACCGCGAAAUUGUAAAUCGUGUCGCGUGAACGCGGUUACGGUAUUUAGGAAAGUGACACGGUUUUAUUGCGAGUGGUGAGCGAGUUCUCUGUGGGAAGCCAGCGACCGUGUGUUAUCACGGCUGGAGAUUUUCCGCGUGAAAUGUCAAAAUGGCGUCUUCGCAGGACGCUUGGUAUCUGUCGUUGUUAGGACUAGCAGAAAACUUUCGGACUUCGAAUCCGCCGAAUAUUAAAUCGUGCAUACAGUGUUUGCAAGCGGUAUUCAAUUUUAAACCGCCUCCGAGGGUCGAGGCGCGUACUCAUCUUCAGCUUGGUAACAUCCUCCUCACGCAUACCAAAAACAUCGAUUUGGCGCGAUCUCAUUUAGAACAAGCGUGGCGGCUGAGUCAGAAUAUAAACACCUUCGAUGAUGUUAAGUUCGAAGCAGCAAGCGUAGUCGCAGAGCUCUACGAACAGCAGCAACAACCAAAUCUCAGUAAACCGAUACUGCGGAAAGCUAUCGAACUCUCGCAGCACAAUGUAUAUUGGCACUGCAGACUUAUUUUCCAACUUGCACAAAUACACGCGUCGGAAAAAGAUUUCGUCGCUGCCAGUAGUCUACUCGCAGUAGGUGUCGAUUACUCCCAUAUCAGCAACGCGAGUUACACGCGAGUUCUGUUCUUACUGAGUCGAUGUAUGCUUUUAUUGAUAGACAAAAAAUUUACCGAGGUUCAUCCCCUGUUAAACUCGGCGGGACACCAUGUCGAAAAUUGGCAAGGUAGCCCGCACCAAAAAGAAUAUUUAAAAGUAUAUUUUUUGGUACUACAAGUUUGUCAUUACUUGAUGGCAGGUCAGGUCAAAAGCGUGAAGCCUUGUUUAAAACAAUUACAACAGAGUAUACAGACUAUAAUGUCUCCGAGUUGGCCGGCGGAUGAAAUAGUCACUGGUUCGAAUAUCGGGGAUAUGUUCAUAUGGAUGCCAAAGGACCAUUUAUACGUUUUGGUUUAUCUAGUAACAGUUAUGCAUUCUAUGCAAGCCGGUUACAUGGAAAAGGCUCAAAAAUAUACAGACAAAGCGUUAACUCAAAUUGAAAAACUCAAAAUUGUAGACAACAAACCUAUACUAUCCGUUUUUCAACUAAUGUUGUUGGAACAUAUAGUGAUGUGUCGGCUCGUGAUGGGAAAUAAGAGCGUGGCUCUCGCAGAAAUUUCUCAAGCUUGCCAGCUUUGUAGGAGACAGCCAAGGUUACUUCAAGGUCAUAGACCACAAUUGCACGCUUUGUUAGGAUUAUACGCGAUGUCAAUGAAUUGCAUGGAAGCUGCGGAAGCUCAAUUCACGGCUGCUCUCAGAACGUCGCAAGAAAGAGAACUUUGGACAUUUGCGAAUUUAAACCUGGCGAUAGUAUAUCUUAGAACUAAAAGGGAUGCGGAAUUAGGCGCAUUACUCGAACGAAUUAAUCCUGAAUCCUUACCGUCUCAUUCGCAUUCUUUGAGAGCAGCAGCAUAUUACGUGCAGGGAUUGCAAGCGUUUUUUGGAGCUAGAUACAAUGAAGCAAAGAGAUACCUCAGGGAAACACUGAAGAUGGCUAACUCCGAAGAUUUGAACAGACUCACUUCGUGUAGCCUCGUACUUUUAGGACACAUAUUUCUUUCUUUAGGGAAUAGCAGAGAAUCUAUGAACAUGGUUACACCUGCGAUGCAGUUAGCUUCUAAAAUACCUGAUGUUCACGUACAAUUAUGGGCUACCGCUAUACUCAAAGAUCUUUACAGAAUUUGUGGAGAUCCGAAUCGCGAAAGCGAAGCAUAUCAAAUGCACUGCAGUUUCUCGCAAACGCUCUUGAAAGAUCACUUUCAAAGUACACAAAUGGGCGAGCAUUCUCUCAUACAGUGGACCGAUGGACCCGUGCCUGCCUUACCAAGUAAUCCGCCACCUUCCACGUCGCAAGCCAUUCUUUAAUAAUAUCAAGAACUCCUAUACUUUACGUAUUCGAAAUUUGUAAAAUAUUUGACGAAGUACAGAAAAUAUACUAGGUUUGUACAAUCGCGUUGUCCAAGUGCAGAAUGAAAAAUAAAAUGCGACGUAUUGAUAGAGAGAGGAGCACAUGAGCUCUUUAAACGGUGAAUAAAAUCGAUUAUCGUAUUGCGAGAAUAAAUUUAAUUGUUUAGCAUGGGUAUUGAUCGAUAUCCAAACAUGCUGUUUGUCAUUCGAAUAUUUUUAAACGUUUACGAAGUUUACGAAGACAGAGUGGGUAAAUUUUUAUUCGCGAGGCACGAAUAAAGUUUUAUCCGAGUAAAAGUUUAUACGUGGAUUCUUUAUUGCGUUAAGAUUUAUUUGGGAGUCUUUUUAUUAAGAAAAAAAAAGUGAAAGUUAUUCAGUGAAAUCUUGAUUUAUCACCGACAAGCACUGCGAAUAACGACUAUUCGGGUAAUUUAUUCGAAUAAUGCCCAUCUCUGUAUAAAGGUUAUAUAUGUAUAGGUUUGUACAAACAACUUAUCGUAGUUGUUUUCUAUGUCACGGAGGGACGCAAAAGGUGAACAUAUGUACAGAACUUUGAUAUAUUUUAUUAUUUUGUACAUUGUAAAUUAUCUGAAACGCGUUUUUUUUUCCGUAAGUGUACAUUUACAAAGCAGAA